UUAUAGAAUGGAGAAUCAAGAAAAUACUCUUGGGAAGAAAAGACCGAAUAGUUCAAAAUCCGACGAAGAACAACCGAAAUCUAAAGUCCCAUGUGAUGCUCUUAGAGUUCAAGACCCAAAUAAAAAGCGUUUGGAUUAUCUAGAAUGGCCAGAGUAUUUCAUGGCAAUCGCCUUCUUGUCUGCUCAACGUAGCAAGGACCCAGCCUCACAGGUUGGAGCCUGUAUUGUCAAUGAAGAGAAUAAAAUAGUUGGCAUUGGUUACAAUGGGAUGCCUAAUGGCUGUAGUGAUGACAUAUUACCAUGGAGACGAACUGCUGAUGACAGACUGGACACCAAAUAUCCUUAUGUAUGCCAUGCAGAGUUGAAUGCCAUUUUGAACAAGAACUCCUCUGACGUGAAGAGAUGCACAAUCUACGUCGCUCUUUUCCCGUGUAAUGAGUGCACUAAGAUCAUUAUCCAAUCAGGAAUCAAGGAAGUGAUUUACGUGUCAGAUAAAUACCACGAUAAACCUGAGAUGAUUGCUUCCAGACGACUGCUUGAUCUUGCCAAAGUUAGAUACACCCAGUACAAACCUAAAAAAAGACAAAUUGUCAUUGACUUUGAUGAAAUAGACAAGGUUAUCACCACUCCCAGUCCUCAACUAGAGCAGCAUAAAGAUUCAUGACAGUGUUCCAGAAAAGAAUUUUAAAUUCGAGGAAGUGAGCAAUCUCUUAUACAGGGUCUGUCAACAUAAUAUUUUUAUGAAAUCUAUUUGCAUCAAAUAUCAUUGGAACUGAACACAUAGAUGCAAUGUGUGUGUAGCUGAACUCUUUAAAGGAAGUAGAUGAGAUAGAGAUGUGUUCACCAAGAUUUUUAUCUGAGUUAAGGAUUUAAGCCCUUGACUCAGUGCAU